ACAUUGAGCAUGCAGGGGUGCAGACGGUGCGCACAGAUGUGAGGAGCACGUGGUUUCUCCAAGCAGUCCUACGGGCGCACCACUUCCUCUCACGUUAGGAUUCCUUCUCUUUUUGAGUUUGUCCUCUCCCUGCUGCGGGCAUCACUUCACUUCUGAGCUGGACCAGGAUACACCCUCAGCUCAGCAUCCUUCCAAACAACCUGACAAAUAAGAAGAUAUAUUUUUUUUCCUUCUCUUGCUCUUGCAGCUCCUGCUUGCAUCCAGUGUCCUGCCCUCAGCAAAGUUCACACAACUUUUUUUUUUUUUUUUUUUUUUUUGCUGCAGCACCGAAGUUACCUGCGCUGAAGGAGGUUUUACUGACCCAUCUCUCAAGAAACGGGAUAUUCGGGUCAACUCUGAGAUUCUGAGGAGGAACUGUGGCGCUCAACGGGAGCUUUCGGGCAAAUGCCAUUGCGAUGCUGUGGAUGUGAUUUCAAACAGCAGCUUUACAACGUCAGUGCUCCGUAAACCACAAUGAAAGACGACUUUGCUGAUGAAGAGGAGGUGCAGUCCUUUGGCUACAAGAGGUUUGGUAUUCAGGAGGGUACAGAGUGCACCAAGUGUAAAAAUGACUGGGCAUUACGGGCAGCCAUUGCACUCCUCUACGUGCUCUGUGCCCUACUCACCAUAGCAGUGGCUGUCCUCGGAUACAAAGUGGUCCAGAGAAUGGACAAUGUCACAGAGGGCAUGCAGAAUUAUGGAGGCAAGAUCGAUGCUGUGGAGACAGACAUAAAGAAACUAGAUGACCAAGCAGGAGAGAAUUCAGUCAAUGCCACAAGUGACAUCAUGACUUUCAAGUCCAAUCUGGAAGCAUUACAGAGCCAGCUAAAAGACAUCGACCGCAGGGCAACCAGCAACAGGGACAUGCUGGAAGAACUGCGGGUCACAGGAGAUGGCAUGCAAAAUGGUCAUGUCUCACUGAAGAGUUUUCUGGAAGGCAACACUGCCUCCCUGCGUGGGGUCAACCAGACCUUGGCCUCCUACAGUGGAAUGAUUGAUGACCUCCAGACAAACACUGCUCGGCUCCAGUCAGAAAUACAGAGCCAGGUCAAAGAGCAGAGCCAGUCCCAGGUUAGUAUCAGAGCACUGAACAUCACGCAGGCCCAGCAGCGCAACCUCCUCAGCACACUGCAGAAGACGGUUGAAGACGCUGGUCAGGCAGUACAGAAGCUCAGGAAUGACUAUCAGAUUCUGCAGCAAACAGCCAGACAGACUCGGGCUGAUACAGAGUGGCUAAAAGAAAAGGUCCAGAACAUUCAGAUUUUGGCUGUCAACAACACGGCCCUGGCCAAGUCCAAUGGAGAGUCUCUGGAUGACCUGGGAAUUCAACUCAACAGCCUAGGCAGCCAAAUCCAGAACACCUCAACCCUCACCGAAGGGCUUGACCAGAGAUUGCGGGAACUCAUGGACCACCAGAGAGACCACGAUAACCUCACCUCAUUUAAGUUUGAUGAGAUGGAAGCACGAUUGGACAAACAAGAGAACGACAUGGACCGCGUGACUGGAAAUGUGAGCUUUGCUGCACAGAUUUUAGGUGUGAUCAGCUCCGACCUGAAUGGCCUAAGGUCUUGCGCUGAGACUGUGAUGCGACAUUCAGACCUUUUACUGGGAUUGAAUGGAAGUGUGACGGAGGCCAAAGAAGACAGCAAAGAUCUGCGUGCCCAGCAGGAUGAUCUGUCAGCCAGGCUGGACAGAGAAGUUGACAAAUUGUCGAUGGUGAUGGAGGAGAUGAAGCUGGUGGACAGCAAGCAUUCACAACUUAUCACCAACUUCACUAUCCUGCAGGGUCCACCAGGUCCAAGAGGCCUCAGGGGUGACAGAGGUCCUCAGGGGCCAAUGGGCCAGACGGGACCAAAGGGUGAUAAAGGGGACAAAGGGAUGCCGGGACUGGUGGGACCUAAGGGAGAGAAAGGUGCUGUCGGACCGCCAGGUCCGACAGGUCCAAAAGGCGCAGCGGGGCCUCGUGGUCUUCCAGGAGCUAAAGGAUCGAGAGGGGCGGGAGGUCGACCUGGAAACCCUGGUGAGAAAGGUGACCCUGGGGCUACAGGGCUUCCGGGUAGGGAUGGACAGACUGGGAUACCAGGACCACAAGGGCCACAGGGGCCCAGAGGAGCAGCAGGACCGGCAGGUCAAGAGGGGCCUCGAGGGCCAGUUGGGCCCAUUGGCCCUCCUGGUCCUCCAGGUUUACCAGGGUUGCCUGCACUAGCACCUCCACUUCAUGUGAAUCCACCACCUCCCCAAAUUCAGCCCACUCAGGAGCUCCCCAAACCCACUCAACCUCCUAAACCAGCAGAAGAGCCACAAGACCGUGUGUCUCAGCUGCCGGCCACCACCCCAGUGCCUGGCUGCCCACCUGAGUUCAGAAAGUUUGGAAGCAGCUGUUACUACUUCUCCUCUGGGGCUCAGAGACUCAACUUUGAAGAGGCCAACCAUUUUUGCACCAACAUAUCAUCUCAUAUGCUCUUUAUCAAUGACAAUGAGGAACAGCAAUUCAUCAAAGAUGCAAUCGCAGGGAAAGGUUAUUUCUGGAUGGGACUCACUGACAAGGAGGAAGAAAAUGUCUGGAAGUGGAUGGAUGGAACCAUUCCAGUUUUCACGAAGUGGAAACCUGGCCAGCCUGAUAACUGGACUCACGGUCAUGAGGACGGCGAGGAUUGUGCUGGCCUUCAGAGAAGGCGAAAAUCCGUUGUUGUCCACACGCCAGCGAUGCCUCUCUUCGCGACCAACCCCUUUGACCAAGAUGUUGAGAAAGCAACCAGUGAGAUGAACACAGCUGAGGACUGGGGCCUCAUUCUGGACAUAUGUGAUAAGAUAGGGCAGUCACGCACUGGGCCUAAAGAAUGUCUCCGCUCUAUAAUGAGAAGAGUGAACCACAAGGAUCCCCAUGUAGCCAUGCAAGCGCUGACUCUUCUCGGUGCUUGUGUCUCAAACUGUGGGAAAAUAUUCCACUUGGAGGUGUGCUCCAGAGAGUUUGCCAGCGAAGUCAGUAAUGUCUUAAACAAGGGUCACCCCAAGGUCUGUGAGAAGCUGAAGGCCCUGAUGGUGGAGUGGGCGGAGGACUUCCGCAAUGAUCCACAACUCAGUCUGAUCUCAGCGAUGAUCAAGAACUUGCGCGAGCAGGGUGUCACGUUCCCCGCUGUGGGCUCCCAGGCUGCAGAGCAGGCGAAAGCAAGUCCAGCUUUAGUGGCAAAGGAUCCCUCCACCUCAACUAACAAAAAAGAAGAAGAAGACUUGGCCAAAGCUAUUGAGUUGUCGCUGAAGGAGCAACGUCAGCAGCCGCAGACCUCCUUGUCGGGCCUCUACCCAAACACAACCGGCCUGCUCUCCUCGCACAAGUCCGACGGCAGAAAGGUCCGCGCCAUCUACGACUUCGAGGCCGCGGAGGACAACGAGCUCACCUUUAAGUCAGGAGAGAUCAUCACUAUCCUGGACGACAGUGAUCCUAACUGGUGGAAAGGGGAAACGUACCAGGGAGUGGGUUUGUUCCCCUCUAACUUUGUCACUGCUGACCUCACUGCAGAGCCUGAGAUGAUGAAGACGGAGAAGAAGACGGUACAGUUCAGUGAGGACGUCCAGGUGGAGACUAUAGAGCCAGAGCAGGAGCCUGUUUAUAUAGAUGAGGAUAAAAUGGACCAGCUACUACAGAUGAUUCAAAGUGCUGAUCCAACAGACAACCAGUCGGACAGCGUCGAGUUACUACAGUUGGAAGGUGCUUGUAAUCAGAUGGGACCCCUCAUUGACCAGAAGCUGGAGGAUAUAGACAGGAAGCACUCGGAGCUGUCGGAGCUGAACGUGAAGGUGAUGGAAGCUCUGUCUUUGUACGCCAAGCUGAUGAAUGAAGAUCCCGUCUACGCCAUGUAUGCCAAGCUGCAGAGCCAGCAGUACUACAUGCAGCAGCCUGCCAACGCAGCACAGCAGGUCUACCCUGGUCAGCCUGCAUCAGGCUCCUAUGCCAUGAGCGGCACUGGGGUUCAAGGUUACUCCGUUCCCAUUGAGCAGCUUCCUGCAGGAGCCCCCAUUCCUGGUCAGCCACCUCCCAGCGACGUCCACAUGUACAUGGGCCAGCCGCCGGUCUACACUGCAGCUCCGGGCGGCAUGCCCUCAGAGGUCCAGUCCUACCAGAACCCGGCCAGCGGCCCCGGCCCCGCGCCGUGCACGAAUCCUGCCGGCAUGACGCAGACGGCGAACUACAGCGCCCCCUCCGGCCCGAGCAUAGCACCUUCCUCAGACGCCCCACAGGCCCCCUACUCGGAGAAAGCGUUGCUAUAGGCCCCCCACACCCCCUCACCCCCGACCCCCCAGAUCUCACCGUUAUCCUACCGCACACACACACAAACACACCUGCGCCAGACCUGAUCAAAUAGUUGUGAUAGAAAUGUUUUUUCAUUACGUUUUAUAAGUUAGUUUUUAUCAUCGAGCACCAGUUGCAUGAAAAAAAAAAAAGAAGAUCAUACAGUGUCACAUUUUGGUUUUAUUUGGCAGAUUUCACUCCAGGUUUGGAAGUGAUCAUGAGGUGUAGACGUGGAGAGUGUUAAAGUGGAGACUUUUUUUUUUCGUUAAUUGAUCAUGUUUCUCCAUUUUCUUUCCACUCCCUUCCAUGAAUUCACUUUAUGUCAUUCACAUCGUUCAGGUCGGAUCACUUCCAAACUUAGAUCUGACAGCAAUAUAUGCAUUAUCUAUUUUUAUGUACGAGACCUGACAUUUCUUGCUUCCUUUUACGAUAGGACCGCCAAGAAAUUCCCUUCAAGCUUUAUUUUAUGGGUCUGGAUUUAAAAUAAAAAAUUUAAAAUUAAAAAAUCCUAGAUUAUGUCCUGGAAGUAGAUCCACAACUCGUGUUAAAAAAAAUUAAUUUCAGGUCUAGAUUUAUUAACCUUUAACUAAAAAACCCAUAGGUUAUGCUAAAACAGCAAUUGUGUCUACAGCAAAAAAGAUAAUCUGUCGUGAUUAGUGCCAGAUUUCAUAGGUUUCACGUGAUAACUUGGAAAGUUAUUAUGAAAUGUCAGACUUGUUUUAAAAAAAGAAAAAAGAAAAAAAAGCCAAAUGAAUUAGAGUGAACAGGUGGAAGUGCAGCCACAUGAACUUAACCACGCGAUUACUAUUUGAUCAAGUGUGAAACACACACGGGCUUUCCCCGACCACCACCCUCCGCUCGCACACACACUACAUCUGCACUACUCCGUUCACGCGCCCUCAGCAGCGCAUGUUAAUUUACCUUCAUUCGCACACUCACACAGAAACCGAUCGAUACGCAACUGCUGUGCUAAUCGUGUCACGAGAGAGGGGCGCCGAUUUUCGUCUUUUUUUUUUAUUAUUAUUAUUUUUUUUUUUUAGUAAAAAGGACUUUUAGCUCUGCUGGAAACAUUAGGCUAAUACUACUACUACUACAUUCUGUGUAGGUCGUCGACUUUUAGAAGUACUGAAAACUGAAGCCACUUUGAUUUAUUUCUUUUGAAAGGGGAAAGAAACAAGAGGACCUGAAGCAUGCACAUGACUCUUGUAUAUUAUACUGUACUGAACCGGUAGCGACGCCUCGUGACGACCUCAUGGGUGCGGCUGCGCUAGCACAGCUCCAGGUGUUCUCCGAGUUCCCCCCCCACCCCCGUGGGUGAACUCUGCAGUCGCGGUGAAUUAAAGGUGUAAAAGCCAAAGAGGUGUAAGUGAAGGGGAAACAGUAAUGGACUUCACCCUGCAGAGUUUUCCCGUUCCCCCGUCUCCAUCGGGGUCUGUACUAACGUACUCGCACCGCGGACACGGCUACUAAAGGGGAAGACUCUCUGAACCCCCCCCCCCAGCGUCUUUCAAGCAUCUCUUUUAGUCAGUGUUGGGAAAAAAAACAAAACAAACACAUUUUUGUAGUGCAUUUUAAUUUAUGUUUUGAUUGUUAUUAUAUUUUAAAUGGAGAAGCAGGGCAGGAUGUACGUAUUCAGAGAACAGAGCGGGAUGUGUGAUAUUCUGCCUGACUUAGUUGUAUAUUUAAAUCGCUCACAUGAGAACAUUUCUCUCGGUGUUUGAUACAUGCUUAUCGUACUGUAGGGUCAAAUGUGAAAAACUGACUGAACCACCACCCCUGUGCAUUUUAAAGCUGUCCUUUCUCAGAGCUGUGUUAACACUAAAACAAGUUCUACCUGAAGCGAAACUCAAACGUGUUUUGUUGUUGUUGUUUUUGAUUUUUUUUCUUUUUUUUUUUAAUAUGAUCCAGUCAGGAUUUGUAAACAGCUCUGGGUUAAACUAACCAGAGGGACACAUUCACGAUCAAGUAGGUACUUCUCAUACCUCAUUAUGCCUAACAUAUGUUAAGUACUUUCUGCAUUUCUACAUGUUCGCAGUGUUUGGAAAGAGCUGACGUUUACAAAAACUGGCUGGAUAUUCAGAACCCCUGAAGAGAACAUUUAUCUGUUGUGUUUAGUAUUAAAUAAAGCUACAUGAAGGAAAUAUGAAGUUUUUAAAUCACUAGGUUUUCUGAGCAUAUUUUGCGUGUCGACCUGAUAAAGGUGUGUUUAAAAUGUGCCGCCCCCUCGACUUGACUUCACAUGCGACUUCACAUUUAACUGGAUUUUUUUUAAAGAUUCGUGUCCGGUGGAGGAGGAAUUCAUUUAUUUAUUUUGCCGCCUUCAACUAAAAGCACGAGUGAGAAGGAUACGAUGUUCAAAUUGAGCGGGAAGUAUUUAAAGCAGCAGCUACUCUGGGACCAGGAGCCAGUUCAUCAUCGCCACACAUCGCUCGGAUGUAACACUUUAUUGCAGCGCAGCAUUGGACUGCAGCCCCGGGGUAAAGUUUUUUUUUUUUUUUUUGUAUAGGAUUGAGAUGCUGCCUGAUUUUUAAGUUUUAAACCCGACAUUAUUGUAAAGGUUCUGUCUUAACUUGUACCCUGCUGUUUGUAUGUAUUCUUUUAACCAUACUUAUUAAUUGGUAUUCACAAUAAAACCAGGCCAAAUGUACAGAAUAA